AUGGCCAAGUCGGUGGUAGCACUGUUCCAGAAGAAUACUUCGAUUCAGAGUCGUUGGUGGCUGCUCUCCACAGCAGUGAAUGUCUGCCAUCGUCUGGCCAACUUCCAUCCCAAAUCACCUCUCAUUGAAGGAAGCUAUGAGCUACAAUUUACCGUUGAAACAGCGCUUGCUGGCCUACUGCAGCACAAUUGCGUUGAUGCAGGUUCAAUGAAAGAUCGGUCAAAGGGAAUCUAUAUCCAUACAUUCAAAGAAACGACUGCUGUGUACGCUGAUUUUUCUGCAACAGUUCCUUGGAUACCUCCACUGGCGACGUCAAAUGCUCCCGGUUGGUUGAACCUACUGGAAACGCAUAGGCUAUCAAUACGCCCGUAUCUACCCUUGGGGCUCUACAAGCUGUGCAACUUUUGGUACUCUACGGAAGCUGAGAAGUUGUUUGGAGCUGGGGAAAACGAAACAGCAGAGGAGGCAGCACGGAACAUUCAAGCACUCUUGAUAGAAGGAGUCAAGACUGCAGGUGCUGCGAAAGAUCUUAUCGUUGGGCUUGCCAAGGAUGAUCCUCCAACAUAUUUUAUUGAUAACUACGAUGGAGAGCCGCUUGAAUUGAAGUUUGAUCCCAACCGAGUUGACAAGCUUGUUCAUGCUAUCCAGAUCAAAUCGUAUUAUUUGCUCCGAGCAAUAACUCUUAUGCUGGAAGCUGACGCCGAGAAUGAGCCACUCUGUUGGAAGGGCAAGUGCGAGCAAGCCAUGGUUGCUGUACAAGCCAAUACCGGAGACAAAUCCAUCAGUAACUACAAGGCAAUCCAAGAGUGGCUUCGGCAGUUUCGGGAGCAUCGUCGAUUCAACAACCCACUGAUGAGUGAGCGUAUCGGGAUAUCCCUUUUUGUAAACCAUCCAGAGGCCGCAACUGAAAUGAGGGACCACGGCAACAAACACAUUCAACAACUGUCUGUUGACUUUAUGCAAGAGUUUCUCCGUGCUAAACUCAUUCCAAAGCUUGCCGCCAAGGAACGUGUUUCUGUGGAGGAAUUCUUACAGUCGAAUGGUUUAAAGAAUAUUUGCUGCAACACCACUCACCGUUGGUUGACAUUCCUUGGAUUUAAGAGGAGCCUAUACAAGAAGGGCUUUUAUACAGACAUUCAUGAGAGACCUGACGUCGUCUCUUCAAGGAUAGAGUACUGUAUCGAGUUGAUGAAGUUAGAGUUACACUCCGCUGUUUGGGUUCAGCUGGUUCCAAUCAGAGUACAACAACUGAAAAAGGACAAUCGAAUCUACCCCAACAAUGAUGGUGUUCCUGUUCUCUGGCAAGGUCAAACCUUGAUUGAAUUUCAUGUUGACGAUAUUGUGGACUCUCACAAUCUUCCGGAGCUCCAGGGGAAUCUGUUUGGAGGAAACUACAGCCUUCGACUGCCCGCCAAUGCCAGACGUACAAUUGUUUGGGGGCAAGACGAAGUUGUGUCGAAUGAGAAGGCAAUGAAUUCGAUGGCGUGGUAUGGGUCAGAGGGACAACAAGCGCUCCGACCCAAGGACCUUGGUUGCUCUAUCAUGAUAUCUGGAGUGGUUAGCAGGGAGGCAGGCUGGAUGCCUAUUCCAACACCAGAACAGCUACGAUUGAUUAAUGCAAACAGAGCUGGCAAAGACUAUGUUGCUAGAGAUGCGGCCAUUGCUGUCCACGGCAGCGCUGCCAAGCGUCCCUUCACAGAAAAGGAUAUCCAGAGUCGUUGCUGCCGGUGGCCUCUCCACCCAGGACAGAACAAUGAAGGCUACUGGACAAACAACCACACUAUCGUCCAGCUCGAAAAUAUCGCAGAUAUGGCUGCUGUCAUGUACCCUCACCACAACCACGUUAUAUGUUACGACCACAGCCAAGGACACACAGCAAAGCGGAAGGAUGGUUUGGACGCAUCUCGUCUCAAUAAAGAGCCUGGUGGGCAGCAACCAAAGAUGCAUGAAACCACUCUGACGGAAGGCUGCCUUGGUCCUUUUGACAACAACGGAUGUAGACUUUCUGUUGGUGCGGUUCAGCGAUGUGUAUUUUCAGAGGACGACCAAGGCCCAAGUUGGAUGUCCUCCGAACAGCAAUCUACAACCAAAUAUGACCAAGUGUUCGAGGGUGAAACUGCGACGAGAGCUCUACGGUCUAAAAAAGAAAUCCACGCUCACCUGAUCCACAAGCUUGGAAGCAACACUGCCGGGCUUCCAUCUGAUCCCUCGCGCACUUCCCUAGCGUUCCUCCGAGACAUUGCCAAUCAACACUGCAUAGAUCUAUCCGUUGAGGAAGUCAAGCAGCAAAAAGGAUGGGUCAACACUCCAAAAGGAGCUCUGCAAAUGUGCAUUGAGAGAGGCUUGGUUGACUUGGAGCUUGUGAAGAGACGAAAAGGGCACUACACGAUGCCUGGGAGGAAAGAUGCCGAAGGCAAGUUGAUCGAGGGAACAAGCCUCAGAAUGCUGCUCCAAGGAUGCGAUGAUUUCAAAAAGGAAAUCUCUAUGCUAGAGUGGGUAGCCAAGCAGUAUGGAUGGCGAGUUAUCUUCUCUCCGAAGUGCCAUCCAGAAAUUGCCGGUGUUGGCAUUGAAUACGUGUGGUCAGUGUCAAAGAACUGCCUUGUUCGGAUCCCAUUGCCACAACGAAAAGGAAAGGAUCGCUUCACGAAGCAAGUCUUGGAUGUGUGCUUCGACAGUGAGAAGACGCUGACGAAACAAACGGUGCGAGGCUGUGCACGGAAGGCGCGACAGUUUGUAAUUGCCUAUUUGCUUUUGCACGCAGUGGAAGCAGCCAGAGACGAUGGAACCGGCAGCACAAACCCGCUCACUGGAGAGGUGUCGAUUGAGACGAUGCGAAAGAAGCAAUCCGAGCUGAAGUUUGCGACGAUACGAGCAGCCCAGAAAAUGUAUAAGCGGCACCGAGGUAUCGCCAUGUUUGAUCACGAAGAGGAGAAGAUAUCAUUCACCAGCAGUGAGAGUAUCGAAGACUGGAUGAGAAAGGAACAAAGGAAGAGUGCUUAA